ACUCUUCUCUACUACGUUUUUCCUAGAAUUCUAUGAAGAUGACCAAAUUGUCAGAGCUAUUUUCCAGUUGAUCAGCAGGGUUGGGAUUUUUGCCCUGCUGCCCAGACGCUUUUGGAGUCAGAGAGAGCUGAAAUUGACUUCAGAGAGUUCCUGCAGGUGACAGAGGAGAUGUACGAUGGACAGGUUCAAUCAGACCUCCCCUGUGGUGGGGUUCAUUCUCCUGGGACUCUCAGCCCAUCCAAGGCUGGAGAAAACAUUCUUUGUGCUCAUUCUACUGAUGUACCUGGUGAUCCUGCUGGGCAAUGGGGUCCUCAUCCUGGUGACCAUCCUUGACUCCCACCUGCACACGCCCAUGUACUUCUUCCUGGGGAACCUCUCCUUCCUGGACAUCUGCUACACAACCUCCUCUGUCCCCCUCAUUCUCGACAGCUUCCUGACCCCCAGGAAAACCAUCUCUUUCUCAGCCUGUUUUGGGCAGAUGUUUCUCUCCUUUGCCAUGGGAACUACAGAGUGUGUGCUUCUGGGCAUGAUGGCAUUUGAUCGCUAUGUGGCCAUCUGUAACCCCCUGAGAUACUCUAUGGUCAUGAACAAGGCUAUAUACAUACCCAUGGCUGCUGGCUCCUGGGCAGCUGGUAUCACCAACUCUGUAGUUCAGACAUCCCAGGCUAUGAGGCUGCCCUUCUGUGGGGACAAUGUCAUCAAUCACUUCACCUGUGAGAUCCUGGCUGUCCUGAAGUUGGCCUGUGCUGACAUUUCUAUGAAUGUGAUCAGCAUGGUUGUGGCUAAUGUGAUUUUCCUGGGGGUCCCAGUUCUGUUCAUUUUUGUCUCCUAUGUAUUCAUCAUUGCUACCAUCCUGAGGAUCCCCUCAGCUGAGGGGAAGAAAAAAGCCUUCUCCACCUGCUCUGCCCACCUCACAGUUGUGGUUGUCUUCUAUGGAACCAUCCUCUUCAUGUAUGGGAAGCCCAAAUCCAAGGACCCCCUGGGGGAAGAUAAGCAGGACCUUUCAGAUAAGCUCACCUCCCUUUUCUAUGGGGUGGUGACCCCCAUGCUCAACCCCAUCAUCUACAGCCUAAGGAACAAGGAUGUGAAGGCUGCCAUGAAGAACCUGGUACAUCAAUAAUACCUGAUUGAGUGACUAUCAAAGAAUUCCAGACUGCCAGAAUGCAAGACCUCCAAACUCCUCAUUGUGUUCAUGGGAAAAUGGUAACCCAAAGUAGAGAAGGGAGUUUUGUAAGGUCCAUGUUGUAGACCAUGUGACUAAGGCUAAAAAGUAAACUGGUCCUCUAUCUACUCACCCACCCACCCAUUGUUCCAUUGACUAAUGGAAACUUCUAUCUAUGAACAUGGAAGGAAAGCACCUUCACAGUUCUAGAAAUGUUGGCCAGUUUUUGGCUUUGUGCACAACCACAGUGACAUACCAGAGCUGUUUUAUGCUAGUGAAAUCUUAGAUUCUCUGCCACCAGAAGCUGGUGCAUAUCUGUGAAGCCUCAUUGGUGUGUGCAAAAUUAAGAGAUAGACACAGAAUCUGGUUUUAGUAGAACUGGGCUCUUGGAAUAUGCUGUGAGGCCCUAUGUAGAAUUGUUCAUCACUGUACAUGUUUUGAUAUUAUCCUAGAGGCCUGUGUUCAGUAAGAAUAACAUGAAAAAUAAACUUUGUACCAUUGGCUGAUAGCACCAUUGGCAAGAAUUCACCAUAAGUCUUGGCCCCAGUAAAAAAGGGCUCUUACCUUCAGUAUGCAACACUCUGAGGAAGCACAGAGAGAUGUCUGCACUCCGCUACCCAUACCCCAGGUCUAAUCACACACUGGUACAGUCCUGCAUGGCUGGGAGUCACAGCCAUGUGACUGGGAGUCACUAUAUGACUCACAGCAUCAAACACCAUGGGGGUGCCCAGACAAUAAGGAGGUCCAAAAAAUGUUUUGGGGAAAGCAAAGGGUUAUAAUAAUCCUCAGUUGCAUGGCUAUCAUCAGCCAUUAGUAAGAGUUGCUCUACAUUGGUUAUGGCACAGGUAUGACGGGCUGUGGAGCUACAGGUUUGGACUCUUUGGGUUGCAGCCCUAACAGCAUGGCGGUUGGAGGUCAUUUUAGGUGGGAGAUCUUCAACUGCACAGAAGACAGAAUUCUACUCACCCUGGUUUAAGACUAAUGUGGAUUUAUCCAAAAGUAGGGCCAACCUCAGGCAAAGUUAAUCAGGCUCUAGCUCCUUUGCUCUGAGAUUCUCUUGACUCUUCACUUUUCCAUGUGUCAGCUUUAUUCUCAGGCUGACUCUUCUCAUGGUCACAAGAUGGCUGCUGUAGUCCUGGACCUGCAUUUUCCACAUUCAUUUAUGGGAUAGAAACCACUGGUGCCUACAACCCGAGAACGAGUGUCCUGAAGUUUGCUCUGACCCAACCAAUGGAUGCAAACUGCAAACCAAUCACAGUGGCAGGUGAGAUAAAAUUAUGCAGAUUAACUUAGACCAGCAGCCCCUGCUCUGAAACAGAAGGUGGGGUCAGUCUAACCUAAGUCUAUGGCUGCUACACAAAGGAAAAUCUGGAGUUGUUAAGAAAGUGGUAGAGGGGCAAUGGCCCCUGGAAGAGCAGCUGACAAAUGUCCACCAUUUUCUGGGCCCUACGUGAGGCUUAUUCUGGGAAACCCCUAGGAGGGUAGAAUGCCUCUUAUUGAAUGUUGAAGCAGAAUAUUCCCAGCCUGGCCAAGUGGAGGCUCAAUGUCAGACUAAAUCUGA